CGAGUGUUAAAAAAAAAACAAAAAAAAAAUAUAAAUUUCUUUUUUUGAUGAAAAAUCACGCUUAUAAUUGUGCUUUUUUAAAAAUAAUAAUAAACGCGUAUGUCAUCAGCCACACUGGCCAAUAUCCAUCAGAAUAAUAAUUCUGGAGCCUUUGCGGAGGAUCCCGAACAUCACGAGGAUACCAGUAGUCUCCUAACCGAAUUAAAUGGCGUCGAUUUGGUUAUGAGUUUAUCGCCCAAAUCUGUUCAGCAGCACCAACAACAGCAACAACAACAACAACAACAGCAACAACAACAGCAAUCUGCAUUAACAUCCGUUUCGACAUCCGUAAACGCCGCCGCUGCCGCAGCCGCUGCUGCCGCCCAUCACCACCAUCACCAUCAUCAUCAUCAUAAUUUGAGCAAUCUCCAGCACUUACAAAAUCUGCACCAUCAGCAUCAGAAUACGCUUUUGAAUAGCAGUCAUUCGACGCCGUUUAGUGUGACAGACAUACUGAGUCCGAUUGAGGAAUCAUAUCGCAAGCUGGAGCUUAGCACGAAUCCUCCAUCGCCAUAUAGAUCAAACUCUAGCGGAAGUAGUAUAAAUUCACCCAGUGCUUUAGGUAGUAGCAGCAUGGCGAAUCCAUAUGCCAUGGGUCCACUCUAUCACAGUCCGGGUGUGCAAAGUUAUUGUGGACCAACUGACAACUUAUCAUUGGCCGGUCAUUAUACGGACAUGAGAAGUUCAGCUGGUUGGUAUGGUUCAACAGCUAACGAUCCACGAUUUGCAAUCUCAAGAUUAAUGGGAAGUUCAGCGGGUGGCUCAAUGGGACACAUGGGUAAUAUGGGAAGUUUAGCGGCGUGCAGUGUCAGUGACUCAAAACCAAUGCAAUUUCCGUUGGCGCAACGAAGGAAACGACGAGUGUUAUUCACACAGGCACAGGUUUACGAACUGGAGCGAAGAUUUAAACAACAACGAUAUCUGUCAGCGCCUGAACGAGAACAUUUAGCAAGUUUAAUACAUUUAACGCCGACGCAGGUGAAAAUUUGGUUUCAAAAUCAUCGAUACAAAUGUAAACGGCAAGCCAAGGAAAAAGCUAUGGCUGAACAAAAUCAACAAAAUCAGUCAGCGAGUUCACCACGACGUGUCGCUGUACCAGUUUUAGUCAAAGAUGGCAAACCAUGUUCGGGCAGUUCCAAUUCAACGCCCCAACAACAACAACAACAGCAACAACAACAGCAGCAACAACAACAAGUAGGUGGCGCCAGUAAUGGCGGUUCGACUGGCAGUGGCAGCAGUUCCGGUGGUGCAGUGACCAGUGGCAGUAAUCUGCUAACCGGUGAUGCCCCACACACCCAUUCACCGGACACAUCAUCAACACUCCUGGCCACGUACAAUGGUGCCGUAUCUGGGCACAAUGCCCAGAUGCUACAACAGCCCUGCAAUAAUUCCCUAAUGUCAAAUAGUCUGGCAAUGGCCUAUAGAAAUCAAAAUAACUUUAUGACCAAUUCACAUCAGCAGCAAUGCGGUGGCUAUUUGCCGCUGCAGGGUAGGGCUUGGUAAUAAUUAAGUGAUUGUAUCAGUUCGUUUUUUAAUUAGUUUUUUUUUUUUUCCUUUUUAAAUCAUUUUUUUAUUAAUUUUAAAAUUUUUCAAAAAUUUUUGUUAUUUUGACAAAGAAAACAAAACAAAAAAACAAAUACUCAAAAAAUACCAACACAACCAUAAACACCACUUUCGAAUUUAGACCAACUGCCGGUCGUAGUUUUGUGCUAAUUUAAUUGGCAAUAUAAUUUUUGUAUUAAAAAUUAAUUUUUAAAAUUAUCAUUAAAAAAAAAAAAACAUAAAAA